AUGGUGCUCGAGGACGGACUGGUGAUGAGAAUUUCUUCGGAACAAUCAGCCGCUGGAGUGAACCGGCGGUGCACUGGUGUGCUGGAGGAGACGCCAACUAACGGCCACCCAACCCAUGCAGCAUUACGUGUUGGACCGGACGACACUGCUGCGAUAUCCGACAGGACGUGUCGGGGGCGCCGUGGCGGGAGAAGCGGCCCGCGGGCAAGCGCGUGCAGGACUGCCCGUCUGCGCGCCGGCAGGGCGGCGCGGCGGCGACAUGCCCGUGCACUACACAUCACGGCCGGCCACACGACGGCGCCUUCACAGCUGGUGGACGACGGACGCGCGGCCAACGACACGGGCGCGCCCCAUGCACAGGCGUGGCGGACUGAACGACAAAGCCCGGUCUUCUCCAAGAAGGUGUACCGACUUUCUCUCGCUGGGGGCGAGUUCCGCGAACCGAUCCAACGGGUCGAGGUCGGCGGUGGCGGCGCUAUCGCGGGCAUCGGCGGCGUGACGGCGCGCGACGCCGACGGCGACAAGGUGGCGUACCGCCUGGCGGCGCCCAGCAACCUCGUGGUGAUCGUCCCGCAAACCGGCGACCUGCUGCUGGCCGGCGACCCGCCGCUGGAGGCCGGGGAGGACAUGGAGUACGAGAUCGCGGUGGACGCGCACGACCUGCGCCACCCCAGCCGCACGGCCAAGGCGCCCGCGCAGGUCUACCUCCGCUUCAGCCUGCCCGCCGAGGAGGACGGCGAGGGCGACGAGGAGGCCGGCAACGAGGUGGACGCCGCCGAGGCCCACGGCCGCCGCGAGAAGCGGCGGGUGACGCGCGCCGUCCGCCCCACCAAGCGCAUCGAGUUCACCGAGGCCGACGGCGAGAACGAGGGCCGCGUCGUCUUCCAGCUGGAGAAGGAGACGGAGCGCGAGACCUUCAAGAUCCGAGAGGAGAACCCCUGGGUGACGGUGGAGCCCAACGGCGCCGUGCGCGUCAAGAAGAAGUGGGACUACGAGGAGCUCGGACCGGAGAAGACCAUCGACUUCUGGGUCACCAUCACCAACGCCGGCGGCGGAGAGCGGCUCCCGCGUGUUCUGCGGACUCAAACGAAGUUGGUCUAUUAUUCAGAGGUGCUUGUGAACCGAUUCAUGCCGGAAAUUUCCGCGGCGUUCCGGGAACUAGGAGUAUUCCAUGGCUUUGCACGAGGGGUUAGCGUGGCCGCUGUGUCUGUGGCGUGGGAGGAGAAAGAUGCCACCCGGUCUUAA